GAAUGAGAAUGAGAGAUCAGGUCAGUGAGGCAUCAAGCCGGACACCCAAAGCUUCUUAACGGCAGCAGGUGGAGGAGGAGGAGGAAAACGAAGAGGAGGAGGAGAAAGAGAGAAACCCUCCAGGAGCGCGCGCUCCCGUCACCCACCUGCGCGCUCUCGCCACCGUUACCACGAGCAGCGAGCGACCAGCAGCGCCCGAUGGCACCGGCUUUAGGGUGAUCGAGGGUGAGGAUGAGGAAGGUUUGGCACGGGGAAGCCGGCAGCGCGCUUCUGCUGCUCGCGCUCGCCGCGCACGCGCAGGUUGUGUGUGCAGUGGGCACAUUUGAGCUGCAGAUCCACCAGUGGCAAAACACUCUGGGCAUUCUACAGAGUGGUCAGUGCUGUGACCUCCAGGCCGGCGAGGCUCAGCGGUGUCCUCCCAAUGAUCAGUGUGACACAUUCUUCAGGGUGUGUCUGAAGGAGUACCAGGCUCGUGUGGCCCCCACGGGCUCCUGCAUAUUCGGCUCGGGCAGCACACCCAUCCUGGGUGGAAACUCACACACAGUACGGCACCAUGGACACGAGGGGGCCGAGGGAGGCCGCAUCAUCUUCCCGUUCAAAUACGCAUGGCCGAAAUCCUUUUCCCUGGUGAUCGAGGUGCUGGACUAUGACAAUGAAACGUCGGAGCUCGGUCAGGAGGAGCUGAUCGAGCGUGUGCUGCUGUCGUCCAUGCUGAACCCCGGGGAGCAGUGGCAGGCGUACCGGCACCACGGCCGCCAGCUGAGUCUGGAAUACCGCCUGCGCUUCCGCUGUGACACCAACUACUACGGCCCGCAGUGCAACAAGUUCUGCCGCGUGCGCGACGACUUCUUCGGCCACUUCGACUGUGAUGCUGCGGGCAGCAAGGUCUGCAAAGAUGGCUGGACUGGACCAGAGUGCAAGCAGGCGGUGUGUAAGCAGGGAUGUAACCUGGCUCACGCUUCCUGCAGCCUUCCAGGAGAAUGCAAGUGUCACUAUGGCUGGACUGGGAGUCUGUGUGAUGAGUGUGAGACAUUUCCAGGUUGUGUUCACGGCACCUGCAACGAACCAUGGAAGUGUGUAUGUGACACCAACUGGGGUGGUCUGCUCUGUGAUAAAGAUCUGAAUUACUGUGGAAAUCAUCAGCCAUGCAAGAACGGCGGCACUUGUAUCAACACAGAACCCAACGAGUACAACUGCAUGUGUCAGGACGGUUUUCUUGGCCGCAACUGCGACAUUGUGGAGCACGCGUGUCUCUCGUCCCCAUGCAUGAACGGAGCGACGUGUGUAGAAGACCAGACUGGCUUCAGUUGUGUGUGUGCAGAUGGCUGGACCGGACCCACCUGUGCAGAUGCAGUGCUGCAGUGUGACUCGGCCCCGUGCGGGCGUGGGGCCACGUGCCAAGAGACGCCGCAGGGCUUCCAGUGUCUCUGUCCUCCGGGCUGGACCGGCAAGACCUGCCAAAUAGAUAUGAACGAGUGCGAGGUGGGAGUCUGUGUCAAUGCUCACUCCUGCCGAAACCUGAUUGGUGGAUACCUCUGUGACUGUCUGUCUGGAUGGGUGGGGCCAGACUGUGAUAUAAGGAACAGUAGCUGCCAGGGUUCGUGUCUCAACGGAGGACGCUGCGAGGACUCAAAGUGUGUGUGCUUGUCGGGUUUUACUGGUGAACACUGCCAGACAGUGGUGGGACCCUGUGACAGUGCCCCCUGUCUGAAUGGAGGAGAGUGUGUGGAGCAGAAGGAUGGCAAGGGCCUACUCUGUAACUGUCCAACAGGGUACACUGGAACUUACUGUGAGGUGGUGGUAGAUAUGUGUAAUCCCAACCCCUGCCAGAAGGGGGUGCCGUGUCAGAGAACAGAAGGUGGCUACAUGUGUGCCUGCCCUGAUGGUUAUUUUGGAAAAGAGUGCAUGAGCCUGAAGGACUUGUGCCAUGGGCCGCAUUGCCAAGUUUCAAACCCAAGCAGUGGAGAGUUCAGCCUGUACAUGGUUCUGCUCGGGGUGCUGGCCGUGCUAGUGGCCGGCGGCUGCUCGAUCUGCGCUCUCCUCCUGUCCCGCCUGCACCGGCGCCGCAGCACCAAGCAGCCGACCACAGACACAGCCAUCAACAACCAGCGCCACUUCUGCACCCUCAUUCGCAACCUGGACCACAGUGAGGUGCUGCUGGCCCCUGGCUGCCAUGGCCAGGCUCAGGCCGUCCCAUCUGUGCUCCACCCGGAGGAGAUCGAACUGACCAUGCCACCCUCUCCGGCGCCAUCCCCUGCCUUCAAACCAGUCCAAGGGCCCAAACUGGACAUCUGCAACCGUGAGCGGGAGAAGCUGAACCGCUUCCAUUAUGCAGACAGCCAAGAGCUGGAGGCAUGACCUUGCACUGACCUUUAGGAAGGACUGCGAUGCCCUAAGAAAAGAACGGCUCACCUUGACUGACCCUUUCUCGAGCAGCCUCCUGCCAGGAAGGUCAGAGCUGGAUCUUUGCGAGGGCACCAGAAGAGACAGCACUCCAGGCGUGAGCUGUGGACCUCAGGCCAAGUUAAUGUGUUUAAAGCGAUAGUUUGGCUAAAAAUCAGAUUGAAACAGUUUUCUCCUUCGCCCAAAUAUUGUCCUUCUCACAGUACAAUAGCAUACUGUUAUUUAUUAAUAUUACAUAAAUACACUCACACUGAAGUUUCAAAGAGUGGUUCCACAUAAGCAAAUCUGCUUGAGAUUACAGAACAAUUGGACAUGAUUUGAUACAAGUAUGUGAUGAUUUACACCGAUCAGGCAUAACAUUAUGACCACCUUUCUGCGCUCAUUGUCCAUUUUAUCAGCUCCACUUACUAUACAGAUGCACUCUGCAGUUCUACAGUUACAGAUUAUAGAAAAGUUAUGCCUGAUUGGUGUAUGCUUCCAGUUUGCACAUUGCUGACCAUCUCUUUGCUGACCGACUACAUUCAGGGUGAGGAAAAUUGUGGAAAUGAAAUUAUCUUUUACCAAACUGUUGCUUUAAAAGUCAAAGAAUCGUCAAAAGGGACCGAACAUUUUUUUAGGCCUGACAUCCUUUAUUUAAGUGUAUAUGGUGUGUGUUUACACAUGUGCCCUCUGUUUGUGUGAGUUUGUGUGUGUUUGUGCACAUGCAUGGAUGUGUAUGUAGAGUUUUAAACUCUAAAUCUCCUUUGGAACGACUUCACGUUGCCUUCAUCUGAAGAAUGCUAGGCAGGAACUACACACAACACUAAACGAGCAAAAAGCGAAGGAGCGCAGCUGAAAAAGCGCCACGAGUUCUCAAGAGCUGAUAUUUGUUGUAUUUCACGUUGCCUGUGUCAUGUUGCAGCUGUAAGAGAUGUAUGAUUUUUUGUUUUUAUACUCGGAUGUAAAUAGCACCCGUGUAAAUACGCUGUAUAUAUUGAUUUGGAUCUUUCUUUUGUACGGUGGUUUUCGUUCAGAACGUCACCCUGUUAACACUCGUCAUCUUUGCGUCGCCUCUCCUUCCUCUCUGCUGGUAUUUGGAGGCAGGGAUUGUAAUUAAAGGUGCAUUUACCAA